GCUCCGGUGGAUGUUUUUGGUUCUCUUCACUUUUCCUUUUUUUUCGGUUUCUUUUUUUUUCUGUCGGUUUUGUUCGGGUCGCCUAUUUCUUUAAUUCUUUCCCUUUCCUAUUUGAGUUUUGUUCAAUGUUUGUGACUACUUUGUAACAGGAAGCAGUGAGGCCGAACCCGGAGAUAGUGAGGAGUGGCCGGGGCCCGAGCAGGAGCCUGCUGCCCGAGGCCAAUGUCGGUCAUAAAGCUUUCUGAACGAGGAAUGGGAUCAGCCAUGCAGUGGGGUAUUUCCGUCGGGAUUUGUGAAGUGUGGGAAGUACAGGGCAAGCAAUAAGGUGUUUCAGUAAGGGGUGUGGGCUCUGGAAAAAGAGUGCAGUAUGGAUGGAAUGGAAUCAAGUAAUGAGGAUAAUUGCUCAAGUGCCACAGCUAUGAACAUUGACUCGGCUGAAACUAGUUGUUUAGCAGAAGACGAAGAAGCUGAUCCGUCUGUAUCUCGUGGUUGCUCAAAACAAGAAGAAACAUCGGAGCCAGUUUUGAAAGAGCAGCAUAAGGAGCAGUGCAGCUUGGAGCAGAAGCUGUGCGUAUUUUGUAACUGUGGAGAGCAGAGUUUACAUGGGCAAAGAGAGCUGAAGCAAUUUGAUCCAUCGGCUGCAUUGGAUGAACUUGGAAAUGGAGGGACUAACCGAAUGGAGAGGGAAGCCAGUCCAGCGUCGAAGCACACGAGUGUUUCAGGGGUGGAGGGGCUCUCAGAUGAGCUCGCACGAGUUGGCUUUGAGCAAAGUGCAACAACAAUGGCUCUCUUUGAGUCAACAGGGCAUUUCUGGGCUCAUCAUUGGUGUGCAGCCUGGUCAAAUGGUGUUGAACAGGGUGAGGGGCAAAAACUGGUCAACGUGGACAAAGCUGUAAUCUCAGGUGUCUCACAGAAAUGUGAGUAUUGUAAACGGUUGGGCGCUACCAUCCAGUGCCAGAUGGAGGGAUGUUUAAGAUCGUACCACUUUCCCUGCGCAGCAGCAUCUGGAUCCUUUCAGUCAAUGAAAUCCUUGACCCUUCUGUGUCCAGAACAUAUUGAUAAAGCAGUGGAGAUAGCAAAGGAUGAGGCAAAUUGUGGUGUGUGUGACGCUCCAGGGGAUCUCCUGGACCUUAUUUUCUGUACCAGCUGUGGACUGCAUUAUCAUGGUGCAUGUCUGGAAAUUGUCGUGACGCCAGUUAAACGUGCUGGUUGGCAGUGCCCCGAGUGCAAAGUAUGCCAGACUUGCAGGCAGCCUGGUGCAGACACAAUGAUGCUUGUGUGUGAUGCAUGUGACAAGGGCUAUCACACAUUUUGUUUGAAACCAGCAAUGGAGUCACUGCCUACUGAUAGCUGGAAAUGCAAGAACUGCCGUGUGUGCAGUGAUUGUGGUUCAAGGUCUGCAGGGAAGCAUCCAAAUGCACAGUGGCAUCAGAACUAUUCAGUGUGUGAGAAAUGUUACUGGCAAAGGAACAGGGACAGUACCAUGUGCACAAUAUGUGGUAAAACAAAUGGACAAACAGAUGAUACAUUAAACUGCCAUAUCUGCCAAAGGUGGAUCCAUGCAGCCUGUGGUCCUUCACCUCUCCAUUUAUCAGGGCAACAAUACACGUGUACAAGGUGUAAAAACCCAUCGCAAAACUCAGGCCUUGUGGCUCCUGAGCCCAUUGAUGAGAGGCGAUUGAAACUUGGGUCAGUGGAAUCAGAGAAAAUAAAAGAAACUGAAUGGACUGAAAGGCAGAGAAAGGAUAUAGAACCAGAAGAACAACUGAUGAGUGAAUGUGUUGCUGGAGACUCAAUUCGCAAACAGGAGGAUUCCAUUGAUACUAGCAGUAGCAUGGAAACAGAAAUUCAAAAACAACAAACAUCAGAAGUUGGCAUCAAGGAGCAGGUGGAAUCUCAAUCUCAUGAUUCUUCUGAAGAAAAUGGUGUUGAAGAUGUAACUACAGUGAAAGAAUUUGAACAUGAGAAACCUGAUGAGGGAUUCCAUUCUUCUCAAAAUACAGAAGUUCAUCAAACCUCGGAAACCGGGGCAGGUGCUUCACACUCUGAGAGCAUUAAAAAUUCAGUGGAGUCUUUCUCUGCAGAAAAAGUAUUACCAGAACAUUUUAGUUUGGAUACAACAGACCAACUGGAAGAUUUUAUACAGGAGAAGGAAGUGAAAAUGGAGAGCUCAGUUUCUGUGUUAGACCAGGUAGAGACUAGUGUUCCUGCAGAGAUGGGUAUUAGUCCCACUAGUUCCGUCCCAGGGGAGUCAAAAACCAGUCAUCUUGUCACAGACUCUGACCUGAUGGACUCUGCCAGUAAUUCUGCUGAAGCACAGUUAGGUUGUGCCUCCUCUGUUUUGAUCAAGCAGGAGACUGACAAAGUCCAAACAGACAAAACUGAACUCUGUGACAUUCCUGCUGACUCUACUUGUGGCUUCAUGGAGAAAGGUGGAAAUUCUGAUAUAGUUUCAGAUGGGCUGGAGACCAGGAAUAACCCUGUUGAGAUGGAAAUUAAUGAUGUUGUGACCCCUAUGGAGGUUGUACCUGCAGUAAAUAAGCUAAAGACUGAGCAAGAUGCUCAAAUGGAGGUGCAGGUUAUUGUGAGCACAGACCCUGUCUGUAGCAUGUUCAUUAAAUCUGAGAUUGUGGAGGAAAUGUCAAAUCAAAGUCAAACAGACUCGAACAGCACCUGCUUAGAACCAGAUUAUUCAGUUACUUUGGACCGUGAUGCAGGGCUGGCUUCCAUGGAUGUUUGUAUGACAGCAGCAGAUGAUAUUUCUCCGAGGGUGGAAGAAGAGACUGAAAAGUCAAAUUCAGACCUGCGGCUAACAGAAACUGAAGAUUCCCUGCCGGCUGACUCUGGUAUGAUGAAGGGUGAAUCUGGCAAGCCUGCUAUAAUGAAGCGGCGAUUCUCACCAGGUCGCCCUCGAGUCAAACAGGGCCGUUGCAACAGUUUUCCAGGUAAAAAGCGACCUCGUGGUGGUGGACAUGUUGGGCGAGGGCGAGGGCGAUCACGUUUGAAGUCUGUAUCUGGAAUAUUGGAGUCUCUAGGGUCUACAGGAGUGGAUACGUCUCCAAGUAAAGAUGAUGACGACGACGAUGAUACAAUGCACAACACAGUGGUUCUCUUCUCCACUGAAGACAAAUUUAUCCUCCUGCAGGAUAUGUGUGUGGUGUGUGGAAGCUUUGGACGAGGGGUGGAGGGACAGCUGUUGGCCUGUUCACAGUGUGGACAGUGUUACCACCCCUAUUGUGUCAAUAGUAAGAUCACAAAAGUUAUGCUGAGCAAAGGAUGGCGUUGCUUGGAAUGCAUCGUGUGUGAAGCAUGUGGCAAAGCUUCUGAUCCUGCUCGUUUAUUGUUAUGUGAUGAUUGUGAUAUAAGUUACCACACAUAUUGCCUGGAUCCACCAUUGCAGACUGUGCCAAAGGGUGGGUGGAAAUGCAAGUGGUGUGUUUGCUGUACGCAGUGUGGUGCCACAACACCUGGUUUUCACUGUGAGUGGCAGAAUAACUACACUCACUGUGCACCUUGUGGCAGCCUUGUUACUUGCCCUAGCUGCAAUGAAGACUAUGAGGAAGAGGACCUUCUUAUACAGUGUCACCAUUGUGAUCGGUGGGUCCACGCCAUUUGUGAAAAUCUCUUCACAGAAGAUGAAGUGGAACAAGCAGCAGAUGAGGGUUUUGAUUGUACUGCGUGUGAGCCCUUUGUUGUUCGUCCGAUUGUUCGAAGUGAAUCCCCAGUGAUUGCACCUAUCAUCAAAGUGAAAGAUCCAGAUUUGAUUUAUUCAUAUGUAGAGCCACGGUUUUAUAAUCAGGACGGCGUAUGGCUGACAGAGUCGGGAAUGUCACAGUUCCGAAGUCUUAUACUUUCUCCGCCACACAAAAAAGGACCAAAGCCCAAACUAAAGAACAAACCUCCAACUCCAUGCAGUGAGCCAAUGAUGGUUAGUGUAGAUGGCUCAUCUAUAGAAAUAAAGAAAGAAGAAGGUGAAGGGGAGGAGGAAAAAGUUGCCAUGGAACCAGGAGAAUGUGACAUAAAAUUUGAUGCGCCUGUCAGCCAGGAGCGAGAGGUGUGCCCUGUGAACGAUCCUGUAAAAACAAGUGAGGAGACUGAGGAAGGGAAAAAGAGGAAGAGGAAGCCAUACAGACCUGGAAUUGGUGGAUUUAUGGUCCGGCAGAGGCAAUCACGGACAAAAAAUUUAAAUAAAGCUUCUGUAGCACAGCUUGGAAUGUCCACUGAAUGUCCAAACACUGAGAGCAACAAAGAAGAAGGUACUCAGAUAGAGCUUCCAAUCGAGGGUGCCAGUGAAAUACCUGUGAUAGGAGCAGAUGUAGGCGAGAAGGCAAAGAAACGGCAACGUCGAAAGAAAAGCAAGUUGGAGGAUUCUUUUCCAGCAUAUCUGCAGGAAGCGUUCUUUGGAAAAUCACUGCUGGACAGCAGUCGGAAAGUUUGCCUCAGCUCAGAGGGUUUCUCUGACAAUGAAAGCGCUGAGUUUCCACAAGCCACACCUCAAGCGGACUCGGCACCUCAGCAGAAGGAUUUAACCGAUGAAAAACGUGAUGGAACCCAGGAAAGGGCUCCUGAUGCAAAGACAAUCCAAGCCCCCCCUGAACAUAAUGGAGAUUCAGUUCCAGAUGAACCACCUAAAACUGAAGAAGCUCAACCAGAUGGAAUGGGUUUCGAUCUCAGUCCUUUCCACGCAGACAGCUCCCUCUCUCCCUUUGCUGGGAUUGACAUCUCAUCCGUUGCGGAUGAGCUUUCAACCAAUCAUCCUAAUGAGAGCUCAAAGCGAAAUCAGCCUUUCAAUGAUGUUCCAGUGGAGGGUGCCCUCAGCUCAGAUCUUGACAAGAUUGUAACAGAAGAACUAGCACAAAUGGAGAGUAAAGACGUACAGCAGCUCUUCACAGACGUUCUGGGAUCACAGGGAAAUCCUCCACUUUCAGAACCAACAUUGGGUGGUAUCAGAACUGCCUCCGAAAGCCACCUUCUUACUUCUCAUGGGUUGGGAGAACUUAUCAGACCUUCAAUAUGCCAACGAUCUCUCCUUCCUGGAGGGACAAUGGCAGUUGCUAUUGGUGGUCCUCUGGCACAGACUUCGGGUGCAGCUGGAGAGUCAUUUCCCAAUAUUUGUCAGUCACCGUUUCUGGAAAGCAGGGAAAGGAGUAUACCUUUCAGCCCAGACAGUGGGGAACAACAGAGCCCAUGGACAACUCCAGCAACCCCAGCUACCCCUACCACUCCAACUACCCCUACCACUCCGACAGAGGGAGAAGGAGAUGGGCUCUCCUACAACCAGCGAAGUAUACUGAGGUGGGAAAAAGAUGAGGCUUUGGGGGAAUUAUCAACCAUAUCACCUGUUCUCUACGCAAAUAUCAACUUCCCGAACCUGAAACAUGAUUACCCAGAUUGGGCAAGUCGUUGUAAGCAGAUCACUAAGAUUUGGAGGAAAGUCCCAGCAACUGAUAAAGCACCAUUUCUGCAAAAGGCCAAAGACAACAGGGCAGCUCAGCGCAUCAACAAGGCACAGAAGCAAGUUGAUAUGCAAGGUAACAGGCAGCCCAAAAUUGAGAGACAAGAUGCAAAACAGGAUCGUAAACCACCCCGUCAUCUGCAAGCCCUGACUCAGAAUACUGCAGUGACUAGUCUCACUCCAGCAACGUUAGUUGGGGGGAAUUCGGGUUCCCCAGCAGAACUGAGGAUUGAAGGUUUAGGCCAGAAUGCUUCAUUACACGGUAACAAAUCAUUUACUACCUCGACUAACGAAUUUGUCAAACUGCAGUCAGCAAGCCCAACAUCUACAGACUCCAGCAGUGACUUGUUCCCAAAACUGCACAUGCAGUCUGCAACUGGAAUUGUAGCCCAGGAUCCUUUUGGGCAUUCACUUACACCGUACCCUCAGGAACCGAACAUUCAGUCUUCCAGUAAUCCGAGUCAAGCACCAGCAUGGAACAGCUCCCACCACCAGUCAGGUGUACCUCGUCCUGUUGUUCCAGGCCGACCACAACUUAACUCUUCAGAACUGCAUUCUGCAACACCAGGGAUGUCGCACCAUCAGCAUCCUCUAACUCCAGACUCUUUCCUCCGAUCUAGAGUGCUUGGUGAGUCACAUGAUAGCCACACAGUCGAUCAGCCUUUAGGAAGUCCAGGGUUUCGAUCAUCACAGUCGGCAGACUGUUACGCAAAACCACCUGAAACUUCAACAUUGCCACCAUCAACUGGGGAACAGUUAAGGCGACUCUCAGAUCCAGACGUUGGAGCACAACAGCCCAGAAGUGAACAGUAUGCAGGAGUUAUGAGGCAAGAUUUGAAUGCAAACUCCUUGGCCUCUCUUUACAGAGCUGCAAUGUUGGAUCCGAGUUUGAAUGUACGGUCCCUGUCUGAUGGAAGGGACAGAGAUAUCUUCAAAGCACCUUUAACUCCCAGAUCAUCAUAUGUGGACCAAACACCCAUAGUACCUGCUCAGCGUUCUCAGGAACUACAUCCCCAAUCUCAGGGUGUCUCACCACAGACUCAGACUGAUUUGUACCGGCAAUCUCCUUCGACACCAUUUUCUGAUCCGUAUCAUCAACCUCCCUUGACACCACGACCAUCUUCUAGUGAAAGCUGUUCUCCGCUACCUCCUAAAUCUCUCCCUUCUGAUUCCCUCUCCAGGGUACCCAUGAGUCCACAGUCUCAGUGCAGUUCACCAUUGACACCCAGGCCACAUUCCAAUGAGACAUUUCCUCAGUCUCCCAUUGCUUCUAGAUUCCAGUCACCAGACCCUUAUUCUAGGCCACCUUCAAGAGAUCCUUAUGCUCAGCUUCACAAACCACAGAGAUCCCAAAUGGUUGACACCAGUUUCAAAUCCUCACCAGUACCUCACGGGCAGCCAACUGGUACCAUUCAGCAUUCAGCAAUGUUUUCUCAGCAUAGUGACCCACAUUCAAAAGUUUUUGUAAUGCAGCCUCAAUCUCCAAGGCCUCACUCUUUUGACCCAUGUGCCAAGACAUUUGCCAGUGGUCAGCCACAAAGUCCAUUUCCAUUCACUUCAUCACCAGGUGAUAUGGUUAAAGAAACCCAUUCUCAGCAGUCAGUAUCUCAGAUACCACGAGCAAAUAAUUUUCCACAAAGUCACCUGAUGGGCAGCCAGCUCAAUACAAGUGAUGCUCAUUGCUCUCAAAUCAAUGCCAGUAGUCAGUCAGGACCUCCAGAUACAGCAUCUAUUGCAAGAGAUGAAACUUUCACCAACAUGCCUUUACGGCCAUCCUUGAUCAAGCAGGAUGCACUACCUUUACAGCAAGAUUGCUCAUACCAAACUUCCACCAGCAGCCGCUCAGUGAGUGAUUCAUCCCCAUCAGAGAGAAGCAGCGAGAGUUCCACACAGGUCCAUCCUCCAGCAUCACCCAGCAGAGACUUGCACGAGCUUCCAUUUAACAGGGGAGCACAAGCUGGAAAUCUCAGUCAGACAGAGCUGGAGAAACAGAGACAGCGACAGAGGUUGCGCCAACUUUUGAUACGCCAGCAAAUACAGCGGAAUAACUUGCGACAAGAGAAGGAACAGGCAGCUGCAUGUGGGGGUGGCACUUCAACAAGCAGUUGGCCACAAGAAAGUUCAAGCCAGCCCCAUGAGCUACAGACGAGAGCACCACCUCCAUACCCCCUCUCCCAGGACCGGUCUGGCCUGAGAGGGCUAAUCCCUGGCUCUGGAAAUGGGAGAUUAAUAAAUCCAGUGGUAAUAGAUAAACAGCGAUUGUUUCCUCCGGAUGAGAAUCUGUGUCGGACUCCACAGCCAGGCAAUCCCCCCACUGGUGAUGUAAACACUCCUCGACAAUCAGGAGUUGGUAGCCCACAAGGAUUUCACCCAAGAAGCUUACCAGCUGCUCAACAGCAACAAUGGCAGCAGCAGUUGGUACAAAGACUUCCUGGACAGACUCGUUUCCAGCAACCUGAAGCUUUGCAUGUAAACAGGCCUGCAGUAACCAUGCAGAUGAACAGCACAGGUGGACUUAACCCUAGAAUUGCCACUCAGAUCACUUUUCAAAAUGCACAGCAACAAAUUGUGGCUUCUCCAAUUCCUGUGAGUCCUCAGUAUAUAGAACUGAGACACAAUUCCCAACGCUUACCCAUUGCCGCCCAAUUGGCACAGCGUACUCCCCAGCCAAGACCACGCCUUCCGAUACCAAAUCAAGAAAUCAGUCCAUUUAUCCACCAAAUGCAGGGAUGCAAGGUGAUGUCGAGAGGUCCAGGUACAACUUUGCCGCAGUCACCAGUUGGAAUUACACUCUUGCCCCAGCAGAAUAUUUCUGCUCCAUUGCCAUCCUCACCUCAUUCAGUGGAAGUUUCAAGUGCCCAUCAACAUAUCCAGACAAAAGAGCCAUUAGAUUCCACUGUACAAGCUGAAUCACAGCAGACAUUUCAGACUACUUCGUCGACAACGUCAUCCACUUCUAGUUGCUGCUCGGACAGUUUGAAGGACAGCUCAGCAUCCUUUCCACUUAACUCUGUCCCAUCGAUCUCCAAUGUAGUUACAGAGCAUGCAGAGCUGGAUCCUCGAAAGAUCCCUUGUGAUGACUCCGUAGAAAAAGCCUUAGAUGAAGGACUCGAUUCACCUAAGGAGCUAGAUGAAGAAGAUGACCUUGCCAAUCUGAGUCUUGACCCGGACAGUAAGACAGACGAUGAGCUUGGUAACCUUGAUAACCUAGAAACAAAUGACCCCCACCUAGAUGACCUCCUGAAGUGUGAAGAGUUUGAUCUGUUGGCUUACACUGACCCUGAGCUAGACACAGGUGAUAAAAAGGACAUAUUCACAGAGCAGCUGCGUUUAGUGGAAUCUGCAAAUGAGAAAGCAGAGGAAGGUCAGGACAUACUGACUGAUCAGGAUGCUGUAGACCCAGCAAUUAAAUGUACAAAUGAUAAAGUCAACAAACCUGAUUUGGAAAAGACAGAGAAGGGAGAGGAGCAUGAAAAAACAAUGGCUAAAUCAGAUGCCAUUGCAGAUACUCUGUCCACUUCUGAUAGGGUUAUGUGUGAGUCAAUGAAUAAUGUCAAUUCAGAGACUAACACUGGCAGUCAGUGCAGUGAUCCAGUCAGCAGGGCCCCAUCCACUGACAAUUCUCCUAAACCUACUCUUGAUCUAGUACUAAAGGUUGAAGAGAACAUUUCCCAAAAUUCAGCUUGCCAGUUUGUAGCAAGUACGUCCAAUGCGCAGACAGUUUUGAUAAAAUCAGAAAGUCCGCCAAAGGGUGAUGAUGAGAGAGGAGCAGUGUCAAUGCUACUUGGUAUGGGAACUGGGCUUAGUGUUAACACAAGUGUAGCACUGUGUCAGGCAACUACAUGUACUACCAGUGGAACACAAACUACUACUCAAAGUAGUACAGUUGCUUCAAGUGGCCAUCGGACUGCACGCAUUCCCAGCAAUGGGCAUUCUAACUUGGAUUUAGAAAGUAUACCCUGCACAUCUUCAGCUCAGAUAGUGUCCAAGAUGCCACUGGCUGUCCAGUCUAGACCGCCAUUGGGUAAACUUGGGCUAGACGAGAUGUGCCAACAUGUGUCCAGCAUGGAGCCAAAACGUCGAUCUGUGGAUGACCUUGUCAAAGUAGAGAGUUCUUUGGAAGCAAGUGAGCUUCCACUGCUUCUCCAUGAUUUGCUUGAGCAAGAGAAAAUGGAACUGCAGCAGCAGCAGCAAUUGGGAGGAUCACAGUGUGUACCUACACCACAACAGCAGCAGCAUUCAAAGGCCCUUCCAAUUCUGCAACAGCAGCAACAACUUGAAGUUUCACAUCAACAGAGUCAUCCAGGACUUUCUCAACACCUUCCAACAACACAGCAAUCUCAGCACCUUGAGGGGCCACCACAGAAUUUAAACCUGCCACAGCAACAUAUCCUAGGAGUGAUACAGCAUCAUCACUUGGGGAUCCCACGAUCUCUUCCAUCUGCACAACAGCAACAGUUGACAGCAUCACAGCAACGGCUUGGAGCCUCACCACAUGUGGUCAUGUCCCAACAGCAGCAGCAUGUGGUAACAGGGCAACAUCCACCACAGCAGAUAGUGGCUUCACAGCAGAGUCCACAUAUGACCUCACCGCAAUUGCUGUCAACUCAGCAGUUAGCUGUAUCGCAAUUGGGCAUCAUGCAGCAGACGCAGCAAGUUGUGAUGCAACAGCAGCAACAAUUAGCCAAUGCUUUCUUCCCAGAUACAGAUUUGGAUAAAUUUGCAGCCGAUGAUAUCAUGGAUCCCAUUGCCAAGGCAAAAAUGGUGGCAUUGAAGGGAAUUAAAAAGGUCAUGGCACAAGGAAACAUCACUGUAGCACCAGGGAUGAAUAGACAGCAGGUUUCAUUGUUGGCACAAAGGUUGGCUGGUGCUCCAGGAACAAAUGAGGCACAGACUAAAUUGCCACCUGGAAAUAGUCAGCAGGAGGCUAAUAGUGACCAAAUGCAGACUCGGCCAAAUCCGCCAACCUUUGUACAAGGGUUUAUCAAUGAGGCAGAGCACCGUCAAUAUGAAGAAUGGCUCCUCCAUACACAGCAGCUGCUUCAAAUGCAGCUGAAAUUUUUAGAAGAGCAGAUUGGUGUCCAUAGGAAGUCCAGGAAAGCACUAUGUGCCAAGCAACGGACAGCCAAGAAGGCUGGACGCGAGUUCCCUGAGGCAGACGCAGAAAAACUUAAGCGAGUUACAGAGCAGCAAAGUAAAAUCCAGAAACAACUUGACCAGGUCCGUAAACAGCAAAAGGAGCAUACAAACCUUAUGACAGAAUAUCGGAAUAAACAGCAACAAAAAUGUUCUUUAUCUCCCUCAGGGAUGAUGGCGACAACCUCAUCCCAGAAUCCGAGAGUAAUGCCCAAACUUUCAACACCCAUGUUAUCAGCAGCAUUAGCCCAGCAAGGAGGGGCAAUCCUUGGAUCUCAAGCAAUAGCUCAGCAACCAAAUACACUAAUAGGACAUACAGGAAAUAUAAGAAUGCCACAGAUCGGGGCUACAGUACCACUGCAACAGGGACCAACAUUCUUGACCUCAGCUGUGUCCCAGCAACAGGAAUAUCCCUCUGCCUCAGGAACUGUAUCUUCUGCUCCCUCAACCAGUUUUUUUUCUGGAAAUUCUGCUGCUCAAACACUUACAAAUGAAAGCAGACUCCUACAGGAGAGACAACUUCAACUGCAGCAAAGAAUGCAACUUAUUCAACAGCAAGGACUUGUAGGGCCAUCUCAGCAGCAAAGUAUCAUGGGAAAGUUACAGCAACAAGGUAUCAUUGGACAGCUUCAGCCAACGACUCAGCAAAACAUUGUUGGUAACAAACCAACACAGCAGGGUGUCAUGGGUCAACAGCAGCAAGGCUUCAUUGGACAACAGCAAGGGAUUGUUGUCCAGUCACAACACCAACCUGCUCAGCAGCAGCAGCAAGUUCUUGCAGGGCAGCAGCUACCCCAGCAGCAUAGCAACAUGGGUCAGACACAGCAGCAGCCAGCAACACAACACCAGCAGAGUCUGGCACCUCAACAGCAACACUUAAGGCUGAUGAGUCAACAGCAAGGCCUCCUUGGGCAUCAGCAGCCCCACCAACAGGGUCUUACAAGUCAUCCAAAGCCUCCACGGCCCCAGCAAGGUCUUAUGGCGCAGCAAUUGGCGCAUCAGCAAAGUCUUGCAGUUCAACAGCAAGUCCUCACUUCUCAACAGCAGCAACAAAGUCUGGUUUUACAGCAACAGGCAUCCAGUGUUCCUUUGCAGCAGCAAGGGCUCAUAGGGCAUCAACAAGGGGUUGUUUCACAGAGUCAGCAGUUGGGAACAAUGACACCCCUGCAACAGCAUCAUCUUCAAGCUGUGCCAGGACAACUCCACCCACAAAGUGUUAUCAGACAGAACAACAUCCUGAGACUUUCCACACCCUUCCAAGGCCAGCAGCAAAGCACAAUGGGACAUCAAACUAGAAUGCAAAGUAUAAUGAGGCAGCAAUCUCAGGAUGUUUUGGGCCAGCACCUAGCGACGCAAAGCAUUAUGGGGCAGCAGACUCCACUGCAAGUCAUCAGGCACCAACUGCCAGGCAUAAUAGGACAGGGACAGCAACAGCAUCAGCCUCAGAGCAUGAUGGGGCAGGGCAUGAGGCAGCAGCAUCCACCCCAAGUCUCAGUGGAGCAAGGGCAGCAAUCCCAGCCUCAGGGAACAAUGGACCAGGGACAGCAGCAUCAGCCCCAGAGCACAAUUGGACAAGGACAAGAACAUCAGCCCCAUGCUACGAUGGGAAUCGGACAGCAGCCCCAGGGAACAAUGGGGCAGCAGCAGCAGCAACAACCCCCUCAAGCCCAGGGCAUGAUGGGACAGCAGUCACAGCCACCAAGCCAGCCCCAGAGCACGGUGGGACAGCAAAUACCACCCCAGCCCCAGAGCACAGUGGAGCAAGCAAUUGGACAGCAGAUACCCCAAGGCCCAAUGGGACAGCAGCCCCCUCAGGGUCCAUUGGGGCAGGGAAUGGGACAGCAGCAGUCAUCUCAAGGCACAGUGGGGAUGGGACAGCAAUCCCAGCCUCAAGGCACAGUGGGGAUGGGACAGCAACCUCAGCCUCAAGGCACAGUGGGGAUGGGACAGCAACCUCAGCCUCAGGGCACAGUGGGGAUGGGACAGCAACCUCAGCCUCAAGGCACAGUGGGGAUAGGACAGCAACAGCAGUCAUCCCAGGGCCCAGUGGGGAUGGGACAGCAACAGCAGUCGUCCCAGGGCCCAGUGGGGAUGGGACAGCAACAGCAGUCGUCCCAAGGCCCAGUGGGGAUGGGACAGCAACAGCAGACAUCCCAGGGUCCAGUGGGGAUGGGACAGCAACAGCAGACAUCCCAGGGCCCAGUGGGGAUGGGACAGCAACAGCAGUCACCCCAGAGUACAGUGGGAAUGGGACAGCAACAGCAGUCACCCCAGGGCCCAGUGGGAAUGGGACAGCAACAGCAGUCACCCCAGAGUACAGUGGGAAUGGGACAACAGCAGCCAUCCCAGGGCGCAGUGGGAAUGGGACAGCAACAGCAGUCACCCCAGAAUACAGUGGGAAUGGGACAACAGCAGCCCCAGCCUCAGGGCACAGUGGGGAUUGGGCAGCAACCCCAGUCUCAGAACUUGGUAGGUGUAGGACAGCAGCAACCCCAGCCUCGGGGCACAGUGGGGAUAGGACAACCACAGCCUCAGGGCACAGUGGGGAUAGGACAACCUCAGCCACAGGGUGCAGUGGGGAUAGGACAACCCCAGCCUCGGGGCUUGAUAGGAGUGGGACAGCCCCAGCCUCAGGGCACAGUGGGAAUGGGACAGCAAUCCCAGCCUCAGGGCCUGAUGGGGCAGGUAAAGCAACAGCAGCAGCCUCCAGGUUUGAUUGGGAUGAGGCAAGGACAGCAGCAGCUGUUACAGGGUUUGAUGGGGCAGUGGCAGCUGCAGCCUCCGGGUAUGGUUAGGCAGGGACAACCACAAAGCCUAAUGGGGCAGGGGCAGCUUGCACAGAACUUAAUGGGCCAAGAGCAGGGACAGCAGCAGCCACGUCCACAGGGCAUGUUGGGGCAAGGUCAGGGACAGCAACAAUUGCAGAGCUUAAUGGGACAGAGACAGUCUCCAGGUACAAUGGGACAAGGGCAGCGGAUGCAGAGCUUAGGUACAGUUGGUGGCCAGCAAUCUCUGCAGGCUUCAGGUAUGGUGGGGCAGGAGAAGGAGCAGGAGCAGCAACAGGAACAACCACCUACAGGCACAGUGAGGCAGGAGCAGCAGCAAAGCCAAAUUGUAAUGGAACAGGAGUCUUUGCUGCCUCCCCAGUGCAUAAUGGGGCAGGACCGUAACCAACUACCAACUCAGAAUAUGAUGAGACAGCAGCAGCUGUCCAAAAGUGCAGCAGGACUGGGACAACCUCAGGGUAUGAUGUAUCAGAAUUUACAAACACGAGCAGUGACAUCAGUACAACAACCAAUGCAGCAAGGCGUUGCAGGACAGCAGCGACUUAUGAAUCAGCAGGGUCAGUUAAUGAGACGUGUACAACAACAAGCAGUAACUGGUCUACAACAGAAUAAUGGUCUCAGUUUACAAGGGAUGGUGCGGGUAGCAACGUCUCAGCAGCAUGGAACUGUGGGAGAUCCAAGACAAGGAGUGCAAAACAUUAUGACUUCACAGUCAUUUCAGCAGCAGCAUGCGGGGCUGCGUUCAGUUCAUAUAACUGGUCAACAGAUUGGGUUAGGCCAUCUUCGUCCAGGCAUGGUAUAUGUUCAGCAGGUUAAAGCCGAACAUAGCGGGAAGCCACAAGAGAUGGCCCAUCUGAUUCAAAACAAACGAGCAAGGCAGAACGUGGGGUCAGGAAGUGAAUUGGUGUCUGGCCAAGCUCAUUGUAAUCGUUCACAAAUGCCACAUCCAGAAUUAAGUAAAACAAAUUUGGGAGAUGUGUCACUACAAGGUGAAACUUUGGAAACAAUAAUGCAGUCACAACCAGAAUUGCUUAAAGAUCAUGAACCCAAAGAAAUUAGUGCUUGCGUGACAGACUCUAUAGCAAUUAUACCUCAAAAGAUACCUGAUUCAAAGUCUGAUACAUUGGUAAUGAAACCACAUGGGACUGUUGGAAAAGCAAGCUCGGUUACUGAGUUGCAAGCCAGAAUUAAUGUUGAGAUCCGUGAACAAAGUGACUUGAAGAAACCUUGUACAUUUGACUUCCCAAUAUCUCCCCCAAGUCAUGCAACAAAGGAGGAAUGCACUGGUUUGAGAUCAGAAUCAUCACUGUUGAAUCAGACCAAUGGACAAGAGGAAUGUGCACAGAAAGUCACAGGAAGGCAGGAUAGCUGUUCUAAAUUACAGGAGGGUGCUGCUAAAGACACCAACACAGCAGGUGCAGGUCACUUAGUGAAACAGGAAAGUAUUGAUGCAGUUCGCUGUGGAUUUCCAGAAGGAACUGUAAAGCAUGAGUCAAAUACUGACUCUGUCAAUGCCUUGAAUGCAGGGGGUCAUUCUUUUCUUGCUCCAAGAUCUGAGGCUGGACAGCUGCUUCUCCAGAAACUUUUACGCACUAAGAACUUGCAGCUUGUGGCACAACGCUCUGGAGAUGGAACGCACUUAACUGUAAAAGGCCACAUUGAAAGCAAAGCUGUGAUAAUAGAUCGAAAACUACAAGGUGCAACCGGAAAUUCAGAGAUAAAGGAAUUUCAGGAAAUUAGCAAGAAAAACUUGGGCCCAAAAACAAAAAGAACGCAAAAGGCAACUGACAGAGGCACCAACUCUCGAAAGAAGAGUAAAAAGGAUGAAGGAAUAAAAAGUACAGAUGCUCUUAUGAAGCAGUUGCAACAGCAACUCUCCCUCCUUCCUUUGGUGGAACCGACCAUUGAGGUGAACUUUGGUCUCUUUCCUCCAUUUGGGAGCGGUCCGUUCAACAGCAAAAACCAGCUGAAAGGGUCAUUUGGGAAUGCAGUGCUAGAUAGUGCUCCAGAUUACUACUCGCAGCUUCUCUACAAGCAGAACAAUCUGAGCAAUCCACCGACCCCACCUUCCUCGUUGCCUCCCACCCCUCCUCCCUCUGUCCAGCAGAAACUGGUGAAUGGAUUGGCCACUUCUGAGGAGCUGACGGAAGGGCAGAAAGAACUCGAAGGGCAAAAGGAUCUGCUAACAACAGAAUUGAAGAAUAUGGACAUGUUGGCUUCCUUGCCCACACCACCACACAAUCAAAAUGAGGAGCUAAGUAGAGCAGAGAUGGAAGAGGACAGACACACCCCAGACAGCAUUGUGCCAGCAUCCUCACCAGAAAGUGUGUUCGGGCAGGAAACUUCCAGGUUUCCCUUGCUGACUGAAAUUAAGGAAGAGUCAAUGGACCGUGCCCUUUCUCCUGUGAUCCCCAUAAUUCCAGGAGCUUGCAUCCCAGUAUUUCCUGAUACAAAGCCAUUUGUAAAUACAGAGCCAUUUGUGGAAAAUGCUGAGAAGGGUGCAUCUUACUCUGGCCCUUGGAAGAGUGGGAAAGGAAACCAGGUUGCUGUCACAUUAGACGUCUCGGGAGCAGCUGCCAAGGAUAUAAACAGAAUGAUGACAACUUUCGCUCAGCUGCUUCAGAUGAAGAUCCCAGGUUCUUAUGAGGUUACGUCUGUUCCAGAUAGUCCACGUUCUUUUCUACCCGAUGGGAAAAAAACCACAUUAGAAGUUCCUGAUCAAGUGGGCUCCAAGGAAGAACCAAUGGACCUGGAGAAACUGGUGCUGGAAAAACAUAAUUGGUUCAAACAAUAUGAUGUUGCAUUACCAGGCUCUACUCUUAAGGCACCAGGAAAGGAGCUGGCAACUGCCACACCGGAAACUGCCUUAGAGUGUCCAGUGAAGGAAAGAAUUGUAGUGCAUCAUUAUAGUAAUAAUAUGUCGAUCCUUGAUGUUCACCAGCUUCCCAUAAUACAACCAGAGAACUCUCCACCCUCAUCCCCAAGUGUAUCAUCACCUGGGACUCCAGCAGAGUCAAGUAAGCCUGACCUACCAGUUGAGUCACCAAAGAUUAAGCAUUCUCUCGCACUGGACGAAAAGCAGUUUGAGGAACCACAGCCACAAAUGAAGAGGUGGAGGGGAAUACGUUGGAAACGUUUGGAAUUUAAAGUCAUAUUUCACAAGGGGAAGUUUAAGCAUGUAUCUCAGCAUGAAAUUGAAGAACUCAUUCAGAAACUGGGGACAUCAUUAAAACCAGACCCCAUGCCCAAGGACACUAGGAGAUGCUGUUUCUGUCAUGAAGAAGGUGAUGGAAUAACAGAUGGACCUGCAAGACUCUUGAACCUUGACUUGGAUUUGUGGGUCCACUUAAACUGUGCAUUGUGGUCUUCUGAAGUGUACGAGACUCAGGCAGGAGCACUAAUAAAUGUGGAAGUGGCUUUCCACCGAGGACUUACCACAAAGUGUGCUUUUUGUCAGAAGACUGGAGCCACUACUGGUUGCCAUCGGGUCCGAUGCCCAAACACCUAUCAUUUUGCUUGUGCUAUCCGUGCCCGUUGUAUGUUUUUUAAGGACAAGACCAUGCUUUGCAGUCAACACAAACUGAAAGGAGCUAACGAACAGGAAAUUAGGUGUUUUGCUGUUUACCGCCGUGUCUACAUUCAGAGAGACGAGGUGAAGCAGAUUGCUAGCAUUGUACAGCGUGGCAAGCGCAGUCACAUGUUCAGGGUUGGUGGACUGAUUUUCCACACCAUUGGUCAGUUACUCCCCCAUCAGAUGCAGGAAUUCCACAGUGUGACAGCUCUUUAUCCAAUUGGAUAUGAAGCAACACGUAUUUAUUGGAGCAUGCGAUACACUAACAAACGUUGCUGCUACCACUGCACCAUCAAUGAUACUAAUGGGAAACCAGAGUUUGGCAUCCAGGUUAUUGAGCAAGGACAUGAGGAUCUGAUUGUUACUGAUUGGACCCCACAAGGUGUUUGGAAUAGGAUUCUUGAACCAAUUGUGCGACUGCGCAAAGAAGCAGACAUGUUACGACUUUUUCCUGAUUAUAUUAAAGGAGAGGACAUGUUUGGACUGACUAUCCAUGCUGUACUAAGGAUCGCAGAGUCGUUGCCAGGUGUGGAGAGUUGUCAGAACUACAUAUUUAGGUAUGGUCGUCACCCGCUUAUGGAGCUCCCUCUAGCUGUUAAUCCAACAGGUUGUGCCCGUUCUGAACCGAAAAUUAUGACUCACUACAAACGGCCGCACACCUUGAACAGUACCAGCACAUCAAAAGCAUUUCAGAGUACAGUAACUGGAGAAAUUAACACUCCCUACAGCAAGCAAUUUGUCCACUCCAAAUCCUCUCAGUACCGCCGGCUGAAAACUGAGUGGAAAAAUAAUGUUUACCUGGCUCGAUCACGAAUACAGGGUCUGGGUCUCUAUGCAGCCAAAGACCUUGAGAAGCACACAAUGGUGAUUGAAUAUAUAGGGACAAUCAUUCGCAAUGAGGUUGCAAACCGCAGGGAGAAAUUGUAUGAGACUCAGAAUCGAGGUGUUUAUAUGUUUCGGAUUAAUAAUGAACAUGUGAUUGAUGCUACUUUAACCGGAGGCCCAGCCAGAUAUAUCAAUCAUUCCUGUGCCCCCAACUGUGUGGCAGAGGUUGUGACCUUUGACAAGGAGGACAAAAUAAUCAUUAUCUCAAGCAGACGAAUUCCAAAAGGAGAGGAGCUGACUUAUGACUAUAAGUUUGAUUUUGAAGACGAUCAGCACAAGAUUCCAUGUCAUUGUGGAGCUCUCAACUGCAGAAAGUGGAUGAACUAAAACAUUUAGAGCAAUUUUAGCUGGUUCAGAAUUCACAAUUUCAGAUAGUUCAGAAUUCUGGACUUGAUAUCUGGUAUACUCAGAGAAAUCACACUAACAGAUAUUGCUACAUGGAGUCUCUCAGCAGCAAAACUAUGGAGAUGGGAAAAUUCUCACUAGUUUACGAAGAAGUAUUUACCAAAUUUCAUGUUAAACAAUAUCUGUAGUUGGGAGGUAGUGUAGUGAUCUUGUUAAUCUCAAAUGUGCAGAACCUUUUAACAACAUUUAGUGAACAAUGAGAUACUAAAACAAAUGGACUGAGCAGGUGUACAGAGAUAUUAAGAUGCACAGCCAAUGACUGCGUUUCCUGCCAGGCCUGUGGGUUGCUUCUGAAUGUAAUCUAUGGAUUUAUUUGUCUGUAGUGCCUGAAAGAGAGACAGAGACAAUGAAUCUCUCAUUGUGCAGACCUUUUCUGAUUGGAUUCAACCUUAAGGACAGAUUGUAUUUCUAUUCUAAUGAAGUCCAGUCAAAGGAGGGAAGAUUGAGAUCAGAAAAACAUCAGCUUUCCUAACUCUGCUGGGAGGGAUCUCUGAUUAUAGACAAGUGUGGUACAUCUCAAGGUGAAAGGAAAUGAGGUUUUCAUCUGACCAGAUUUUUUUAAAAUACAAGAAUGUUUGAACAUUGCGGGUAUAAGUAAAAUCAACGCAAGUUGUGUUUUUUAUAUGGGAGGCGAGUGAUUUGAAACCAAGGCAGCGACUUAAGCAGCACUCCUAAAAACACUAGAGUUUUAAAGAGAUGGUGUCCAUUGGGUGUGAUAAAUUUGAAUGCAUUAAUAGAUUUGGAUUUCCCAUACUAUUUGCCCUAAUUGUAUGCUGGGUAAUCAGUGUGGGAUUUCUUGUUUGCAGGGUUUUUGGUUACUUUGCCAGAAUCAGUAAUGUUGACUUUUCAAGCAACAGCCCCAUUUUGUGUGCUUAUUACUAUCACCAGAUUAGUUUAUUUCAAGGGAAGUUAACUCCAUAAUUGACCAAAAUCUAGAAAAUGGAAAGACAUAAUGAAGUAGCUUGGUAGAAACUGAGAUAAGUUAAGCAUCCAUCCAUGUUGGUCACCAAGUGUAAAAUCUGAGUGACUAUCUAGGAAAUGUUGAUCUUUUACAUAUUGUUACUCAAAAGUAAAUGUGCAAAAGACACUCUUUGAAAGACAAUCCACAUUAUAAGAACUCAGUAGGACCGGUUGAAUGGUUCUCUGUUGGGGAUUUACUGGAGACAACUUAGUAUAUUGAGAUUCUGCGGCUGGCACAGACCAUUCUAAUACUGUUAGUGAUGAGGUCUGGUUGUAACUGUCCAGUUGAAAACCAAGGUUCAAAUUGAUAAAUUCACCGGCUCCCAGCUCUGAAUCUGGACGAUCCAUUUUAAGGAUCCUGACAAAAUAUGUUUCCAUGAUUGGUGACAUUUUUUUACAACACAAUUUAUAUUGUUUCAGAAACAGAAGCAACAAAGCACCAGUCAUACAGAGCGAUUUAAUUUGGACGAUUAGGACCUAUAACCUCGAUUAUAAGUCCUCGGUUGCUGAUCAGUAAUGUAAAACAUAGUGAAAAGGAGGGUGGCACUUGAAGCCUAGAUCUGGGGCCACCUUGAUCCUGAUCAGUAUCAGUCAGUAUCAACAGGCGAGUGGCUAGGGCAUUUGGUUCAACGCACAAAUGGACUCUCUCUGAAAUCUCUUGCAGAGGAGACUUGCACUGAAGGAUUUCUCACCUACUUGAUUCCACAAGUCAUUUUACUGUAGUUUUGUUCCUGUAAUAUAUAUAUAAAAGUGUGAAUUUUAUUCGGAACAGUAGGAUAGGUCUGGAUGGGGGAGAUUUUUUUUUUUAUAGGCGCGAUUCAUGAAAGCUGCUGCCCCCACUGCAUCUUCUCCACGCUGCAACUGUAAAAAUGUAAAUAUAAAACUUGUAGAAAUCUCCAAAGCAGAAACCACUGGAUCAGAUUCUCAUUCGUACAAAUGAACGGUUGGUAUUGGUGAUAUAAAAUAGCUGCUGGUUGGAUUGAAGCAGGGAAGAUAUUAGCAUGCAAUGAGAAGAUUCUAGGUAAUGUAGAUCAUGUUAGAUAAAUUUAAGCUUACAGUGUUUUACUGUUUUUAUAAUAAACGCUGAUUUCACCCCUCUUCAACUGACAGGAGCCGGGGGUGUCUUUUAAUGGAAGAUUCUAAUUUAAAAAUGGGGCUUUUUUUUCAUUUUAACUGAAGAUGUCCGCAGAGCCCUCAUGCAUUGUGGGAUCUCACUUCCCUGACCACCACAGUUGGGGAGGUUACAGUCACGUAAUGUAUUGUUGGAACGUGCUCAGUUAAUAAAUGAGGAUGUCCUAUUUGCAGUAAAGCCUUGUUCAUACUGUUUACACUCUGAGCUAGGUAUUUUGUGGUGCAUUUUAUCCUUGCAAUUGGGGCAAAGACAAAAGCAGAGAUUUCUGAGUAUUUUUUAAUGAAAAAGUAAAGUUCCAGAAUAUGAAAGUUUUUUUUUGUUUGUGUUGUGUGCAUUCUGUACAGCAAAUGUUGUCACUGGUAAUGAAUUAAAAUUAUCCUUUUUUUUAUUGUAUGUGGCAUGUUUUUUUUGUACUGAACAUAAGUUGAAUUGUAUAUAAUUUAUGUCGAAGAGCCAAGAUGUUUCUUGCUCUAUGUAUUAAAUCUCCUGCAGGAAUAAGCUUAUUCUGUACAUCCCUGGUACAUGUAGAGACAGUUUAUGAUCAUGUUGGCUAGAUUGUACAAACCUUUUUUAAAUACAAAUGUAGCAUCUUUGCAUUACUGUAUGAUAAAUAGGGACAUCUGUCCCUACAGAGGUGAAUUUACUGCAUUAAAACUGUUUGAAAUAAAA